CUCAGCCCCCGGGCCGCCGCCCCCCGCCGGCCGCGCACUGGGGAGGAUGCAGGCUGCAACCGGAGCGUGCGCGGCCACGUGACGGCCGCUAUAAGAGCGCCCCGGGCGGACGCUCUGCUCCGGCUGCGCCUCCUCCCUGGUCGCUCUCCCUCCCGGUGCCCAGCUGCUCCCAGUCACCAAACUGCGGCUGCGGCGGACGCCCGCGCCCCCGGGAGCAACAUGACAGAUCAGGCCUUUGUAACACUCACCACAAAUGAUGCCUAUGCCAAAGGAGCCCUGGUCCUGGGCUCGUCUCUGAAACAGCACAGGACCACCAGGAGGCUGGCCGUGCUCACCACUCCACAGGUCUCGGACUCCAUGAGAAAAAUUUUAGAGACAGUCUUUGAUGAGGUCAUCACAGUAGACGUCCUAGACAGUGGUGAUUCUGCUCAUCUAACCUUAAUGAAGAGGCCCGAGUUGGGUGUCACGUUAACGAAACUGCACUGCUGGUCACUUAUACAGUAUUCAAAAUGUGUGUUCAUGGAUGCAGAUACUCUGGUUCUAGCAAAUAUUGAUGAUCUUUUUGAAAGAGAAGAAUUGUCAGCAGCCCCGGACCCAGGGUGGCCUGACUGCUUUAAUUCUGGAGUCUUUGUUUAUCAACCUUCAGUUGAAACAUUCAAUCAGCUGUUGCAUAUUGCUUCCGAGAAAGGUAGCUUUGAUGGUGGGGACCAGGGUUUACUGAACACAUUUUUUAGCAGCUGGGCCACAACAGAUAUCAGAAAACACUUGCCAUUUAUUUAUAACCUAAGCAGCAUUUCUAUAUACUCCUACCUCCCAGCCUUUAAAGCGUUCGGUGCAAAUGCCAAAGUUGUGCAUUUCCUGGGACAAAUCAAACCGUGGAAUUAUACUUAUGAUUCCAAAACAAAAAGUGUGAGAAGUGAGGCCCAUGACCCUACCACGAUUCAUCCAGAGUUUCUCAACAUGUGGUGGGACACCUUCACCACUAACGUUUUACCUCUGCUUCAACAACAUGGCCUUGUCAAAGAGUCCUUCUCAUGCCAAAAUGUGCUUUCAGACUUGGUCUAUACACUGGCUUUCUCUUGUGGCUUCUGUAGAAAGGAAGAGGCCUCGAUGGCCAUAUCACAUCUUUCCUUUGGGGAGGUCCCAGCUGCACCACAGCCUUUUGUAUCCUCAGAAGAACGGAAGGAGCGGUGGGAACAGGGCCAGGCUGAUUACAUGGGAGCAGAUUCCUUUGACAACAUCAAGAAGAAACUUGACACUUACCUCCAGUAGAAACACUGCCAUUUUCCCUGUGAGCACUUCUACUUCACAGGCACUUGUUUCUGAUACUUAGUAUCUAGAACUGGGUUGAGAAAGGUCUGUUACAAUUGCUAGAGGCUUUCACUAAAAUUCAUCACAUGAGGGGUUUUUGCAGGAUAGCAGGUGAGAACUGGGCAAAAGUUGUGAAAGCAAUUCUGUUAUGUGGACAGUGUUCUGCUUUUAAAACCUCAGUGUAUUCAGUUAAUGUUUCAGAAGUUCUCAAUUAAUGCUUAUUGCCAAUAUAUGUGGUAAGAGAAAUGCAACAUUAAGCUGUUAAGAUGGCCAUAUUAGUCCUUAAAAUGUGCAGAGCCAGGCUUCAAAUCUGUCUCCCUUGAGGAUGGGGACAUGGCAUCUGUCCCUUUCUUGCUCGUUGGACCUUUUACUAGACCUGCAUUUUAGAAUUGCCCAGAGGCUGCCAGAGUGAUUAUAAUUCUGCUUUCAGGUAAAGGCAGCCUAUAAUAAAUAACACUGCUGAGUGAUUCAUAAGCAUAUCAACAAAUGGAGUUAACCUAUUUUAUUUCCUAGUCUUAGUGUCUGAAGAAGUUCACCAGUUUUCCAUGUACAGCAAGGCAGCAUGCUGAAAUGCUUUUGUUCGGUUCUGUAUUCUAGCAGUGUGUUCUCUGAGUCGUUAACCCCCAGUGGAACCCUACAUGAAAAAUAAAGACUUAUUGCCGUAUCUUGGUUGUCUAAUUAAAUUAAGGAA